CUACUGCCUUACCUAAAAAAAAUUGUAAAAAGGUGGAAAACAAAAGUUAUGGCAGUGCAAUUAUUAAAUAUUACGAAAACUUUUCAAAAAUUGACCGUUUCUGCAAGAUGUAACUUGGUACCAAUAAUUGUGAAUCCAUUGAAAGAAGAACUGUAUAAUAAUAAUGUAAUAACCUACAGCUCAACUAGAAAUACUAAUUUCUUCAAUAAAUUGCCAGCUAAAGAUUUAUGGAAGGGUAUCACUUCUGUCAGUAAUGCUGGUAAAAAAAGAGGUCGUGGAAAGAAUACAUCAAAGUCCAAAAUAAAGGACUUGAAUCGAGGUCAAGUCAUAGGUAUAGGUAAAGCAAACAUUGUGUGGCCAGGUCUCUCUGCACCAAUAAUCAGAGGAAAAGAGUUGGUGAGACAGGAACAACUACCAGAGGACCCAGAAAGGGAGAAGAAACUGAUUCAGUUGAGGGAUAAAAUGGGUACAUUCAAGCAUCAGAAAUUGAGUCCUAUUGAAAGGGGUUGGUCAGGAUCAAAAAUGCCUGGAAGAAGUAUUGGACCUCCAGAUCCAGUUGGGGAAGAAACAUUUGAGGGAUUUGAUACCAAAGUACUUGAAUUGAAAACAGUAUUCAACAUGAAAGGUAACUUUGGGAGGAAAAGGAGGCUUUCUGUACUUGUUGUUACUGGAAAUGGAAAUGGCUUAGGAGGUUUUGCAAUGGGUAAAGCACUGGAAGCCAAAAUUGCACUUCGCAAAGCAAAAAAUCGAUCUGGACAAAAACUGAUGCAUGUGAAGCUAUUCAAGAAUCACACAGUUUGUCAUGACUUCUUUACACAAUUUGCAAAAACAAAAAUUUAUGUCUCACAAAAACCUGAGGGGUAUGGCCUUGUUUGCCAUAGAGCUAUAAAAACUAUAUGUGAAGUUGUUGGAAUCAAAGAUCUCUAUGCAAAAAUUGAAGGUUCCACUAAUGUGAACAAUAUUAUAAAAGCCUUUUUCCUUGGUCUAACCAGACAAAAAUUACCUGAAGAAAUGGCAGAAGAAAAGAAACUGCACUUAGUGCAGUUCUGUAAAGAAAGCAACAAUUUCCCUAAUGUUAUUGCUUCCCCAAAGGAAUGUAGGACAGCUGAAGAUAUUCCAAAUGAUGAAAUCCUUGACUUCAAACAAUACUGUUUUGAGGGAAAAGUUGUUCUGAAUAAGAAGAAAAGACCACCAUUCUAUGCUGGCUAUAAGUCCUAUGAGUUAUAUUUGCAAAAGCAAGAAAAACUCAGGAAUCAAUCAAAAGUGAAAGAGAAUUUGAUUGCAGAAUAUGGACAAAUCAAGAGCUUUUUAGCUGAUAAGUAUCCUGAAUGUGUACAGUACAAGCCAGAAAGGAAAAAUAAGGAAGAAGCUGAUAAUUAAAUGAUUCAUGAAUAUAUUUUAUUAAUGAACAGUUUC